AUGGUGCAUUUUACUGCUGAGGAGAAGGCUGCCGUCACUAGCCUGUGGAGCAAGAUGAAUGUGGAAGAGACUGGAGGUGAAGCCUUGGGCAGGCUCCUCGUUGUUUACCCCUGGACCCAGAGAUUUUUUGACAGCUUUGGAAACCUGUCAUCUCCCUCUGCCAUCCUGGGCAACCCCAAGGUCAAGGCUCAUGGCAAGAAGGUGCUGACUUCCUUUGGAGAUGCUAUUAAAAACAUGGACAACCUCAAGAUCACCUUUGCUAAGCUGAGUGAGCUGCACUGUGACAAGCUGCAUGUGGAUCCUGAGAACUUCAAGCUCCUGGGUAACGUGAUGGUGAUUAUUCUGGCUACUCACUUUGGCAAGGAGUUCACCCCUGAAGUGCAGGCUGCCUGGCAGAAGCUGGUGUCUGCUGUCGCCAUUGCCCUGGCCCAUAAGUACCACUGA